UUACUGAGAGAGGACACUUCCAGACUUUGUUUUCGUGGAUCAAUUUAUGAAAUCUUAAGCAGACAGACUGGGAACUCACUUGUGAUGGAGCAGGACAUUACCGGUUUAACUGGAGAAGAGUAUACCGAGAGGAUAUCACCCUGUUGUUCAGAUUCAGAGACUCUGAGUCAACGAGACACUGAAAAUGAUGAUAUUUUGGAGCUUAAUCAGUUUGAUGGACUGCCUUAUUCCUCCAGGUUUUACAAAUUGCUGAGGGAAAGGAAAGAGCUGCCAGUGUGGGAUGCAAAAUGUGAAUUUAUGGACACUUUGGCCAAAGGACGGUUUGUCAUUGUCAGUGGCUCUGCCAAAACUGGAAGAAGUUCUCAAAUCCCCCAGUGGUGUGCUGAAUUCUGCCUGUCAGUUCAGUUCCAGCAUGGCAUGGUGGUUUGUACGCAGAUUCACGCGCAGCAGGCUGUAGAUCUCGCCCUGAGAGUGGCAGAUGAGAUGGACGUCAACAUUGGUCAUGAGGUCGGAUACAGCAUCCCUUUGGAAGCAUGUUCCCACAAUGACUCGGUCCUAAGGUACUGCACUGACGACAUGCUCCUGAGAGAGAUGAUGUCGGACCCUCUGCUCGAGCGUUACGGAGUUAUCGUGGUGGACCAGGCCCACCAGAGGACCGUGGCCACCGACGUGCUGCAGGGUCUUCUGAAGGACGUGGCCCUGCAGAGGCCUGAGCUCCGGGUUGUCCUACUCACAGCUGUGGACCCCGACCCAAAGCAGCUGGUCCAUUUCAACGGGUCAGCAGCGCCUCUGAUCCGCCUGCAGAGCCCGGGCGCAGGGGCGGGGGUGCACAGCAGCACGGGGGACGGAUACUUCUGCUCCGCUCUCCGCCUGGUGCUGGAGAUCCACCGCUCAGAGGAGGAAGGAGACGUGGUUGUGUUUCUGGUGACGACACAGGAGAUAGAUCUGGCCCAUGACAUCCUGUGCCAUGAGGGGCAGAGUGUACCCCCUGAGCUGGGGGACCUCCUGCCCGUCGCUGUGCACCCUGGUCGCCCUGGGAACCUACCGCUCCUGGAGGAGGGGGGGGCAGCCCGGACCCGCAGGGUGUUCCUCACAUCCAGCCCAAACGAGGACUUCUUCUGGGCCGUGGGCUCCAUAAACUUUGUCAUUGAUGCCGGGCUGGAGAAAAGAAAUGUUUACAACCCCAGGAUCAGAACUAACUCAGUCCUCAUUCAGCCAAUCAGCACGGGUCAAGCCGAGAGUCGCAAACAGCUGACAGGUCCCAAAGGCAAGUGUUUCUGCCUGUACCCGAAGGACAGACAGCUUCCUGUGCAGAUUCGCCCCCGCGUGGUGGAGUCUGACAUCACGUCCACGGUGCUCUUCCUGAAGAGGAUGGAGAUCGCUGGACUGAGUCACUGCGACUUCAUCGACAGGCCGGACCCCGGAGGCCUCAUGCAGGCUUUGGAGGAGCUGGACUACCUUGCAGCUCUGGAUGAUGACGGAAACCUCUCAGCGAUGGGCAUCAUCAUGUCUGAGUUCCCCCUGGAGCCGCAGAUGGCCAAAACUCUGCUGGCCUCCUGUGAGUUCGACUGCUUCAGCGAGGUGGUCAUCAUCGCUGCCAUGCUAACAGCACCAACUUGCUUCAUAGUUCCCUCUGCGGACAUGAAGCCAGAGGCGACUCAGAGCCACAUGAAGUUCCAGCACCCGGAGGGAGACCACUUCACCCUCAUCAACAUCUACAAGGCCUUCAAACAAAGCCAGCAGAACCCAUGCUGUAAUGAGGAGAAGUGGUGUCAGGAUUCCUUCCUGAGCCACGCCGCUCUGCUGGCAGCGGACGCUCUUUGCUCUGAGCUCACGGACACUCUGAAGAGGAUCGAGCUGCCCACCUCACUGCCCGCCUUCGGCUCCCGCAGCAACACCUUCAGCAUCAAGAGAGCCCUGCUGGCAGGCUUCUUCAUGCAGGUCAGGAAACACAACUUUAAUAAACAGACCCUUCAGGUGGACAACAACAAACCGAUCAACAUCCUGACGGGUAUCGACUACUGGCUCGACAAUCUGAUGUGUAAUGUCCCCGAGCUCGUCAUGUGCUUUCACGUCAACGGCAUUGUACAGAAAUACGAGAUGAUAAAAACCGAGGACAUCCCUCAUCUGGAGAACUCGACCUUCUCCACGAGGGUGGUGAAAGACAUCGCCCAAAACAUCCUCUCCUUCCUGAAGUCCAACUGCACCAAAGAGGGUCACACCUACUGGCUGUUCAAAGCCAGUGGGAGUGACAUUGUGAAGCUUUAUGAUCUUACUACUCUGUGUGAGGAGGCGGAAGAAGAGAAAUGUCAGAAUCCCUUCACUCUUCCUGUGGCUGUGCUUUUAUACCGAGUUGCCAGUAACAUGAUGCUGAAGGCGAGUCAAAACAGAAAGCACUACGGCACAAUCAGAACUCUGCUCCUGAACUGCGUCAAACUGCUGGAUGAGGAGAGGCACCCACAGAUCAUCGCCUCGGCUCACUACAUGCUGUCAGAGCUGUUCCAGCUGGACGAGCCUCCGGAGGAAGAUGGAGAGGAGUCGAUUCGGGCCGGCGGCUCAGAGGACAGCUACAGCGACGAAGACAGAGAGGAAGAGGAGGAGCUGACGGAGGACAGUGACGAGAACGUGUCCUACCGCUCCUGCUGCAGCCCGCAGGACGACAGCAAGGCUGUGGCUGUGAUCCGCUCCGUGGUGGAGCUGUCCGUCCCCGAGAAAUACAAAUCCACUCACCAGAUCAGGCCAAGCAGUGUUUUCCCUGUUUCUCUAGACAAGGAGGAGAAAUGCAGACAUGUCCUGAGCUGCGUGCUAAAGGGGCUGAAGGCGGUGGAUGUCACCAUCAAGAAGGAGAGCGAUCUUCCCGCUGCAGACCCCAACACGCCCAUUCCUCUUAAAUACGAGGACAGAAAUGCAAUCGGAGCCUGUGCUGCCGAGCAAGGCCUCUCUCUUCUUCUUGAGAGAGCGAUGGCGUGGCAGGCGGACCAGAAGCUCCCGACGCGCUCCGGGAUGAUCCCCGGCUCCUGGCAGCACCGCAUGAAGCUGCAGCUCUUCCUCAAAGCCUCCAAAGCGUACUACGUCCUGUCGGAUGCUGCCACCAAGCUGCAGAAGUACGGGCGAGCUCUGCGCUACAUCAAGCUUUCCCUGCAGUGUUACGGUGAGGUUAUUUAACAUGAAGUGAUGCAAUAAACCGAACACGGCCUUCUCCAUCGCUGCCCCCACACUCGGGAGCUCACUCCCACAACACAUCAGAGACCGCACUGACCAACACACCUCUUCAGACUGGCUUCUCGUGUGUGAAUAAUGUUGUGUUGCUGUUUUAAUAUUUAAAUUCAA